UGCAAAAGCGAUAGCAACAACGACUCUCUCAAAUUCGAGAACAAUUUUAAGAAAAUGACUUCACUGAUCUCCCCUCAACUCCUGUUAGCUAACCCACAUCCAAAUUCCCUAAAAAGAAAACCCAUUUCAGCUUCUAACUUGGAUGCUAAUAAAAAUGAUAAAUCAACAAUUUUGCUCACUUUUUUGGGUAAAGGUGGCUCCGGCAAGACUACCUCUUCUGUAUUCGCCGCUCAGCAUUAUGCAAAGUCCGGGCUAAGUACUUGCUUGGUUCUACAAAAUCAAGAUCCUACUGCUGACUAUCUUCUAAACUGUAAGAUUGGAACUUCUCCUAUUGUAUGCAAUGAUAAUCUUUCGGCAGUCAGGCUGGAAACAACUAAAAUGCUGCUUGAACCUCUCAAUCGGCUGAAAGAAGUAGAUACCCGUCUUAAUAUUACCCAAGGGGUUCUUGGAGGGGUGGUUGGUGAGGAGCUUGGGGUGCUUCCUGGGAUGGAUUCUAGUUUUUCAGCAUUUGCACUUGCAAGGCUAUUGGGAUUCUUUGGGAAAGUGGCCCAAAGAAAUCACCAGAAACAAAAUUUUGAUGUAAUAAUAUAUGAUGGUAUCAGUUCUGAGGAAACUCUACGGAUGAUUGGUGCAAGCAGUAAAGCAAGAUUGUACUUGAAAUACUUGCGCAACAUGGCUGAGAAGACUGAUCUUGGGAGAUUGGCUGGUCCAUCACUCUUGAGACUUGUAGAUGAAGCCUUGAGUAUAAGUGGCCGCAGGCCUCUUAAUGGAAAUACAAGUGCUGAGAUAUGGGACUCUAUGGAACGAAUGUUGGAGCAAGCAUCUUCUGCCUUCACAGAAUCACAUAAAGUUGGUUGCUUUAUUGUGAUGGACCCAAAUAGUACAAUCUCUGUAAAUUCUGCAUUACGUUAUUGGGGUUGCACAGUCCAAGCUGGUGCACAGGUAGCUGGUGCAAUAGGUAUUGCUUCUCCACAUCCAAAUGUAGAACUAGAGGAAAGAGUCAGGAAGAAAUUUUCGCCAUUGCCUUUCGCUUUUGUUCCACAGAUUUCAAUGGAUGUCUCUAUAGACUGGAAUGCAAUUAUGCUGAAGACAAACAGUAAACAUGCACGAGAUCUUGUUUCCUUGCCAGCAAGGAACAGCAGUAGCAUGAUGCCAUCUGUGAAGUUUGAUGUGGGUAAAAAGUCUGUAACACUUCUCAUGCCAGGUUUUGACAAGUCAGAGAUCAAGCUAUUCCAAUACAGGGGAGGUUCUGAGCUGUUAAUUGAAGCUGGAGACCAAAGACGUGUCAUAUGUUUACCACCAGAUAUUCAAGGAAAGGUUGCAGGUGCCAAAUUCAUAGACAGAAGUCUUACUGUCACAAUGAGAUAGUUUAAUAACUAUAUUGUGAAUUCUUUAUUCCAGUUUUGGUAUCUGUCUGACAGAGUUAAUGAAAACAGCUGAUAAUUUUAGCACAAUUUUCAUAA